AUGAAAGGCGUUGUCUUCCCCGCGGUCGGUGCUGAGCCAAGGGUUGUGGAUGACCUGGAAAAGCCAACUCCAGACGCUGACCAGGUGCUUGUGAAGUCCGUUUGGACGGCUAUAAACCCAGUUGACACCUUUAUGAGCGCCUAUGGCACCCUCGUUGUGGCAUGGCCUUUGGGACUUGGUGUCGACGCUGGAGGAGUGGUGGUCGAAGUCGGAAGCGAAGCAAGAGCAAAACAUGGCUUGAGGCCGGGCGACGAAGUCUUUGGCUGCACCAGGCUGGGCUCUCCCGGGUAUUCCACCUGUCAGGAAUUCUUUUUGAUGGAUGCCCGUGUCACCAUAGCGAAGCCAAAGAACAUUUCUCUGGUCGAAGCUGCUACCUUGGGAGUGGCCAGCGAGACUGCUUGUUUGGGAUUAUUUGACGGCCUCAAUAUUCCACUGCCCGAUCCGAAGAAUCUGCCUGCUGUACAGCAUGAUUGGAUCGUCGUCCUUGGAGGAGCAAGCAGCGUCGGCAGAUGCGCGAUCCAGCUGGCCAAGAUCUGUGGAUACCGGGUCAUCGCCUCUUGUUCGACCAACUCGGCUGGCGUGGUCAGCGGAUUAGGCGCUGUUCCUUUCAACUACAAGACUUCACUGGACGAACAAGUGAGCCAUGUCAUGCAGGCCACAUCGGGCAAUUUCUCCAGGAUCUUUGACGCUGUCGCCGCAGAUGAUCCAGUGCUGGCCAAGGCACUGUUUAGGGAAAACAAAAGCCCGGAGAAGUUCUUCGCCACCACAAACGACUGGAGCGGCAUUGGCGAUUUCGAGGGCGGUAACACUCAUCUUGUUCAAUUGGGAGACGUUGGCAGACCUGAAGCAAAGGAUUUGAAUGCAAAGCUCGAACAGUAUGUACCGGUCAUUAUUGGACUGCUCGAAGAAGGCAAACUGCGGCCGGGCGAUUAUGAAGUGGUCGGAAACGGAGGGUUUGAGGAUGCCAUCAAAGCCUAUUCCCAUCAGCGAUCUGGCGCUGGGGGUUCGCGCAAGGUGGUUGUUAGGGUUCAGGAUCCGUAG